UAGGUGUUCGUUUCUCUGGAUGACUCUCUAGUGGCACAUAGCGCUGCCGCUGCUCCCUCACUUCAGCAGAGGCUUCCAGAGCCCAAACUUCGAGCUUGACAAAUUCCCGAACAUCUCGCCUGCACGCACGCCAGAUCAGCCAUGGCCGCCAAGAGAGUGCUCCUGCUCUGCGGAGACUACAUGGAGGAUUACGAGGCCAUGGUCCCGUUCCAGGCGCUGCAGGCGUACGGCGUGUCCGUGGACGCCGCCUGCCCCGGCAAGAAGGCCGGCGACGCCUGCCGCACCGCCGUGCACCAGCCCACCGGUCACCAGACAUAUGCAGAGUCAAAAGGCCAUAACUUCACACUCAAUGCUUCAUUCGAUGAGGUCGACCCCGCUGAGUAUGAUGGACUGGUAAUCCCUGGAGGCCGCGCACCAGAAUACCUGGCAAUGGAUGAGAAAGUGCUCGACCUGGUUAGAAAGUUCUCUGAUAGCAAGAAGCCUAUUGCAUCAGUUUGCCAUGGACAGUUGAUUCUGGCAGCAGCAGGAGUGGUCCGGAACCGUACAUGCACUGCGUACCCUGCCGUUAAACCAGUUUUGCUUGCUGCUGGGGCCAAGUGGGUAGAAGCUGAUACUAUGGUAAAAUGUGUUGCUGACGGUAAUCUUGUCACGGCAGCAGCUUAUGAUGGUCACCCUGAAUUCAUCAGCCUGUUUGUAAAAGCACUUGGAGGCUCUGUGACAGGCUCAAACAAAAGAAUACUCUUCCUUUGCGGGGACUACAUGGAGGAUUACGAGGUGAUGGUCCCGUUCCAGUCUCUCCAAGCCCUGGGCUGCCACGUCGACGCGGUUUGCCCUGACAAGGCUGCCGGGGACAAGUGCCCGACCGCCAUCCACGACUUCGAAGGUGACCAGACCUACAGCGAGAAGCCUGGCCAUGAUUUCGCUUUGAACGCGUCGUUUGGCGGCCUGGAUGCUUCGAGCUACGACGCGCUCGUGAUCCCUGGUGGACGUGCCCCCGAGUACCUCGCGCUGGAUGAUAGAGUGCUUAGCCUAGCCAAGGGGUUCAUGGAUAGUGGAAAGCCUGUGGCGUCGAUCUGCCAUGGCCAGCAGAUACUCUCUGCUGCUGGGGUUCUUCAGGGCAGGAAGUGCACCGCAUACCCGGCUGUGAAGCUUAACGUGGUGCUCGCCGGGGCGACCUGGUUGGAGCCUGACCCCAUCCACCGGUGCUUCACCGACGGCAACCUCGUGACCGGCGCGGCCUGGCCCGCACACCCGGAGUUCGUCUCCCAGCUCAUGGCUCUCCUCGGCAUCAAUGUCUCCUUUGCAUGAGAGCUUCCGGUCCGCGAGAUAAUGUUUAGCCCCGGAGUCCAGGCUUUUUCGGAUUAUACCCAUAUAUACACCCAGGUAGAAGAUGUACUGAUGUCGUCCACCGUGCCAGUGAUGUAACCGCGCCGCACUUUUCACCCUUGUCCUUGAGUUUUUGAGACAGCCUGUUGCUCACUCUGUACCUAUGCUGCCGCACCGUCUUCUGGCGUUGUUUGUGGUUGAAAUAAUAAAGAUAGACUGUUAUUAAUA